UAACAUUGAACACGAGAUUGUAAACACAGUCGUCGCUUAGUUGUGGCCGAAUCGAAGUCGCUUUCUUUGAAACGACUUUAACAAACGAAAAAUUUCCUAAUACAAAAUGCAGCCUUAUUUAUGUCUUUUGCUGUACGUACCCUUGACCUUGGCCACCGAAGCGUCUCUUCGAGAAUUCACCUCUGGCAACAACUUGUUUACCACGUCGCUAUACAAACAAAUCACCAACAACGAAAAAGGUAAUUUCUUAGUAAGCCCGUUAUCCGUGGAAACCAUCCUCGCUCUAACCCAAUCUGGAGCAAGAGAUGCCACCGCCGAAGAAAUCCGAACCGCCCUCCACCUCCCCAACUCCCAGGAAAAAAUAGAAGACGCUGUACGAACCCUGCAGCCACUGUUGCGCAAAACCGACCCCUACACCCUCCAAUCGGCGAACAAAAUCUACAUAAAGAAAAAUUUCGAAAUCCGAGACGAGUUCAAGAAAGUCGCCACUGAUUUCGACGCGGAGUUGGAGAAUAUCGAUUUCGAGCAAAGGGGUGCGGCUGCAGCUACCAUGAAUGGGUGGGUGGAAGGUCGUACCAACAACAAAAUCAAGAACUUGAUCAACGCAGAGGAUUUGGAUGAUCGCACGCGGGCGAUUUUAAUCAACGCUCUGUAUUUCAAAGGGAAUUGGUCGGUUCCGUUUGAAAGGUAUGGUACUUUCGAGCAAGAUUUCUACAAAGGGGGCGAGGAUAAAGUGCAGGUGGAGAUGAUGCAUGAUACGUUGUACCAGAACUACUAUGAAAGUCAAGAAUUGGGUGCUAAGUUCCUGGAAUUGCCGUUUGAAGGGGACGAUGUUACUUUAACCGUGGUACUACCGAACGAACGCAACGGAUUGUCUGCUCUGGAAAGUGGAUUGGACAAGGUUUUUGACGCUCCUUCUUACGACAAGACUAACGUUAGGAUCGUGUUACCCAAAUUCAAAAUCGAGAGUGUGGUUGAUCUGAAAACCAUUCUUCAACAGUUGGGUGUGAACAAAGUUUUCAGGGAUGAUGAAGCCGAUUUGAGUGGAAUUGCAGGAGAGAAGGGAGAUUUGAUUGUUGAUAAGGUACGACAGAAGACUUUUAUUGAUGUUAGUGAAAAUGGGGUGGAGGCUGCAGCUGCCACUUUCGCUGUUGUUGGUGUUCCAUUGAGUGGCACUUACUACGCGGUACCACCCAAGGAAUUCAUAGCCGAUCAUCCCUUCAUCUUCUACAUUAAAGUGAAGGAUUUGGUGAUUUUCGCAGGAAGAGUUGUGGAUCCGAGUCAGUAGAGACCGAUGUUUUCUAGAUAUAUUUUUUUAAUAAAUCCAAACGUACCUUCA